AUGCUCUGUUACGCCAUAGUCCUCGCCUUCAUAGGCCUGGACAUGUCCAUCGUCUCCACCGCCAUCCCCUCAAUCACAGACGAGUUCCACACCGUCACCGACGUCGGCUACUUCGCCGUCAUGUUCGGGAACAUUCACACCCUUUUCCCUGUAAGGCCGGUGUUGAUGGGAUGCAUCGUUCUGUUUAUGCUUGGUUCGCUGAUGGGCGCCACCGCGCCGUCCUCCAUGGUCUAUGUUGUGAGCCGCGCUGUGUGUGGGAUGGCUACAGCGGGUAUCGCGCAGGGGUGUUUCUACAUGCUGGUGCAUAUUGUGCCGCUGCGCAAGAGGCCUGUUAUUGUCGGCAAUUUGAAUGGUGUCGAGGCAUUGGCCAAUAUUUCUUCGCCUUCUGUGUGGUGCUUCGCCUUCUGUAGGUGGGCUCAUUGUCGGCAGCGUGUCAUGGCAAUGGCCGUCGUGGUUUUUGCGCUCAAGAUCGACCUGAAGAACCGCUCGGCCCUGCUCCUCCGGCAGGAGCUUGUCGAGCUUGAUUUGGUCGGCAACUUACUCUUCAUCCCGUCGCUGAUAUGCCUCUUCCUUGCACUUUCGUGGGCCGGCACGAAAUAUCCCUGGGACAGUGGGACCAAGCGCCGGGGAGACGAGGCCACCCUCCCUCCCCGAAUAUUAGCCAACCGGUCCGUCCUGGCUGGCUUUAUCUUUGCGGUGUGUACGAAUGCAGCCAUCAACGUGUUUAAGUGGUUUUGUUUUUAA